AUAUGUACGUAUAGCUGAUACUAGAUAGACAGAAAUUCAGACGUCGCCAGCAGGGCUGAAACUGAGUAAAGGAGUAAAAUUUUGAAAAACUCGAGCCUAUCGAUAGGAUACUGCUGUAUGGAGGAGGGCAACGCUCAAAUGGCGCGCAUGCUUUGGUCGUUGUGUACGGAAAUUCCAGCCGAGUAUUUUUUUGUGUUUUCAAUUUCGAUUUUCAUUUUACUCAGGUUGAAUAAAGCGGUGACGAGUUGGUGUUCUUGGCGUUAAAACCAUGUAAUCCGAAACCUUCAUUUGGAAAUUUUAGAAUGAAGAAAAUUACUUGCGAUCGUCGAUGAAAUCGUAGCAAUUGCCUUACGAAGCUUUGAUUGUACUCGAAUGAUACAUACAUAAUCCAUUUCGUUAAAAUGACCAAAUUGAUGCAGUUCUGCUGGAUAAGCUUGUGUUUAUGGUUCGAGUUCAUCGCUGCUGUGCCCGAAGUUGUGCGUAUUGGCGGACUUUUCGAUACAGAUGAAAACAGACAAGAAUAUGCAUUCCAGAAAGCUAUCGAACGCGUCAACGCUAACAGAAAUAUCCUACCUAGGGCUAAAUUGGUACCACAAAUUGAAAAUUCCGUCCAAGGAGACAGUUUCCGAGCCAAUAAAAAAGCUUGUAAUAUAUUGCGUAAAGGAGUAGCAGCAAUAUUCGGUCCUCAAAGUGCAGCUGCAGCCAGGCACACGCAGUCGAUAUGCGAUACGAUGGAAGUUCCUCAUUUGGAGACUAGACAAUUUAAAAUGAGUCGCGGAAGCUGUUUAGUGAAUUUAUUUCCUCAUCCGAUGGCUUUAUCAGAGGCUUUCGCCAGUGUAGUUAAAUCAUUUGGAUGGAAAAACUACGCCAUUAUUUACGAAGAUCUCGACGACUUGGUUCAUUUACAAGGGCUGAUUGGCGGCGAGCAUUACUUGAAACCGAGUUUCAUUACGAGACUGAAUAGCGAAAUAACAGAUCAUAGACCAUUGCUGAAAAAAAUGAAAAAUAUGGGCUUCUCUCAAAUUGUAAUCGAUUGUACCACAGAAAAAACAUUAGCUUUGUUGAAGCAAGCGCAACAAUUAGGCAUGACUGGAAGUUACCACAGCUAUUUACUCACUUCUUUGGAUAUCCAUACGUUGAACUUGGACGAAUUCAGAUACGCAGGAGCGAACUUGACUGCGUUCAAAUUGAUCAAUUUCAACAGACCGGAAUUCAAAAAAAUUCUUCACGAUUGGGAUAACGCAACAACUAUGAAGACUGAAACUGCAUUAAUGUACGAUGCAGUGUAUUUAUUUGCGAAAGCCUUACAUGAUUUAGAUGCCAGUCAACAAAUCGACAUAAAUCCUAUCAGUUGUGAUUCGACUGUUGAUACAUUUUCGCACGGUUUCAGUUUGAUAAAUUAUAUGAGAGUGGUGGAAAUCGAAGGUCUCAGUGGUCUUAUAAAAUUCGACAAUCAAGGAUUUAGAACGAACGUGCAAUUCGACAUAAUCACAUUACGUGAAGAUGGUCUCAAAACUAUAGGCACGUGGAAUUCCACCAGUGGCUUGAAUUUUUCGCAAACCUACACCGAAACCUACACAGAGAUAGUAGAAAGCUUGCAAACCAAGCAUUUUAUUAUCACUACCCUCUUGAGUGCACCUUAUUUUACGCGUAAACCGUCCAGCGAACUUCUGACAGGCAAUAAUCAGUUUGAAGGUUACGUGGUUGAUUUAAUCGGAGAAAUAGCUCGGAUAUUAGGAUUCAACUACACUUUCAGAAUAGUACCCGAUGGACGCCACGGAUCUAUGAAUAGGGCAACUCACGAAUGGGAUGGCAUGAUCGGAGAAUUACUGGAACAGAGAGCUGAUUUGGCGGUUGCCGAUUUGACCAUUACUUAUGAUCGCGAACAAGUGGUUGAUUUUACAAUGCCUUUCAUGAAUCUUGGAAUCAGUGUACUGUAUCGAAAACCUAUCAGGCAUUCGCCCAAUUUAUUCUCAUUUUUGUCUCCUUUGUCAUUCGACGUUUGGUUAUACAUGGCUACAGCUUACUUAGGUGUUUCACUGUUGUUAUUCAUUUUAGCGAGAUUCAGUCCAUACGAAUGGGAAAAUCCGCAUCCCUGCAAAAAAGAUCCGGAAGUUUUACAAAACCAGUUUUCGUUGAUCAAUUCACUUUGGUUUGUGAUCGGUACGCUGAUGCAGCAAGGCUCGGAUAUUGUACCAAAAGCUUUAUCCACCAGAAUAGUGGCUGGCACUUGGUGGUUCUUCACUCUAAUCAUGAUCUCAUCGUAUACUGCCAAUUUGGCAGCAUUUCUAACAGUAGAACGAUUGGAAUCGCCAAUUACCAGCGCCGAAGACUUGGCUAAACAAUCGACCAUCAAGUACGGUGCCCUGCGAGGUGGUUCGACUGCAGCUUUCUUCAGGGAUUCGAAUAUAUCGACGUAUCAACGAAUGUGGACUGUAAUGGAAUCUGCACGACCUUCGAUCUUCACCGAAUCAAAUCAAGAAGGAGUUGAACGAGUGCUAAGAGGAAAUGGAAACUAUGCCUUUUUAAUGGAAUCUACCAGUAUCGAGUAUGUCACAGAGAGGCAUUGUACUUUGACUCAGAUUGGUGGUAUGAUCGAUUCCAAAGGAUAUGGUAUUGCUACGCCACCAAAUUCGCCUUUCCGCACACCCAUCAGUUCGGCGAUUCUGAAAUUACAAGAGGGAGGUACCUUACACGCUUUAAAAACCAAAUGGUGGAAAGAAAAACGCGGAGGUGGCUCUUGCACGGAUGAAAUGCAUCAGAAAAACAACAACGCUAACGAGUUGACUUUGGCCAGUGUUGGAGGUGUUUUUGUCGUAUUGCUGGUAGGAUUGGGUCUAGCGUGCAUUGUCGCAGUUGGCGAAUUUUUAUGGAGACUAAGAAUGGAAGCGUUAGAAGGAAGAGUUCGACACGACCUUAUAUCCAGCCACGUUCCUAAGACCAAACCGUACGAUAUACUUCAAAAAGUUGAUCUUCAACCGCCUAAUUACUAAUUUGGGCCUGGUACAUAUAAUGUAGGUACCUACCUGCAUUAUUUGGCUCAUACGUGUACCUCGCUCGUAUGAAAGAGUAUUAUUUUUUUCAUCUGUGGUUUGUCGAGUCGACACCAUUUCGAUGAAUUCCCUACAGAAGGUUACCAUUGCAUUAGCUGGAAGAGAUCAUGUUUCAAAUUCAAAUGUUCUAAACAAACGAUGAGUAAUGUAUAUUGUGUAAUUAUACUAUUCGAUAUAGGUUCUCACCUAUGUCGAGUUGAGUUUUUUCCCUGAAUUUUUUCUUCUUCUCUUGAAUGUUUUCUUUUCAUCAACCCUACCCAUUAUAUAUUUAUUUUAUACCUACUUAUUAUUAUUAUUACGUGUGUUUGUUAUGAAAAAUGAAUGUACUCACAAAGAUGCUUUUAAAAUGCUUCACGGCGUUUUACUUUUGUUGAAUAUUUCUGAUAUUGCCUAUCACUGAUUGGGCAAAUAAUUUAUAAUUUUUCGUAACCUGAGAAUGCAAAUAUAUUCUUCUUUUUAUA